AACAAUACAAGUACUACUGACCUAAACAAUUUUAUCCUUUAAAUAAACUGCAGCAAGUAAGAAGCACAAAGGUCUACAGAUUGAUUGUUUUCUUCUUUUUCAUUUCCGGAUUGUAGCUGUCCCCCUGAGAUACUUUGUGCUUGGUUCUUUGUGGAAAGCUUAAGUAGUUCGAGGGCCAGAACUCAGGGGAUUCACUUUGUCUUGAAGAAAGGACGCGCAAGAAAAGCAGCUGCACUUUUAGUUUCUAGAAGAUGGCCGCCCCUUCCUCGUCCACAUUGUAUUUCGGCAAGAGAGAAGAAAUUCAAAGCCAGACAACCCAGCAGCCUUCUUCUACAAUCACUUCCUCAACCAGUACUCCAACCACAGCACCUCAAAAGAAAAGGAGAAACCAACCUGGAAAUCCAAAUCCAGAUGCGGAGGUAGUAGCACUAUCUCCCAAGACCCUAAUGGCAACAAAUAGGUUCAUAUGCGAGGUAUGCAACAAAGGAUUCCAAAGGGAGCAAAAUCUACAGCUCCACAGAAGAGGACACAACCUGCCUUGGAAGCUGAAGCAGAAGAGUAAAAAAGAACCUAAACGAAAGGUUUAUCUGUGCCCCGAGCCCACAUGCGUGCACCAUGACCCGAGGGCUCUCGGCGACCUCACAGGCAUCAAAAAGCACUACUCUCGAAAGCAUGGCGAGAAGAAGUGGAAGUGCGAGAAGUGCUCCAAGAGAUAUGCUGUGCAGUCAGAUUGGAAAGCCCAUUCGAAGACCUGUGGCACUAGAGAAUACAGAUGUGACUGUGGCACCCUCUUCUCAAGGCGAGACAGUUUCAUCACUCACAGAGCCUUCUGUGAUGCACUGGCUCAGGAGAGUGCAAGGCAUCCAACCAGCUUAAACACCAUGGGAAGUCAUCAUCUUUUUGGAAACAAUCACAUGAGCUUAGGCCUAUCACAAGUGGGUUCCCAGAAUCCCCCACUACACAAUCCGAACCAUCCAUCUAGCAAUAUGUUACGGCUUGGCAGCUCCGGAGGUGCUGCUAAAUUCGAGCACCUCAUCCCUCCAUCUUCUCCUUUUGGACAACCUCGGCAACCAAUGCCUCCUUCAUCUGCAUUAUUCAACAUGCCGGAUGCAAACCAAAGUUUUCCAAACAAACACUUGCAUGGACUUAUGCAGCAGCUUCCUGACCUUCAAAACAGCAGUAACAAUUCCCCCCAAGCUACCAAUCUCUUUAACCUCGGCUUCUUUUCUAACAAUAGCAGUUCCAUGGGUGGUAUCAAUGGAGACCAUGCAAAUUUAUCAUCUUCGGGCUUGUUAAUGCAAGAUCAGCUUAAUAAUGGCAAUGGAGGUGGCGGCGGCCAUGGGACAGCUCUCUUCUCUAGUGGCAACAUGGGUCAUAAUGGUGGGUCGUGUGUCUCUUCUCUCUACGGCAGCUCAAUGCAUCCUGAAAACAUUGACUCCCAUAUGUCCGCCACCGCAUUGCUCCAAAAAGCUGCUCAAAUUGGAUCAACCUCCAGCAGCAAUAAUUCUUCUUUGCUAAGAAGUUUGGUUAGUUCUUCAUCAAGUACUCCCACAUAUGACAAGCAAAAUGCGUUGGCGAGUUUUGGCAUCAACUUUGGCAGUGGUACUCAUGGAGGAACAGAUCAUCAGAACCUAAGAUCACACAUGGAAAAUGAAAGCCAUCUUCAAGGAUUAAUGAACUCUCUUGCCAAUGCGGGCUCUUCCAUAUUUGUAGGUGGUCACGGACAGGAUAACAACUUCGGUGGAUUCAAUGGAUCACAUAGGAACACGAGUUUCAGCGGCGUGGACGAGGCGAAGUUGCACCAAAAUCUGGCUCAUGUGAGUUUCGGAGGGUCGGACAAAUUAACUUUGGAUUUUUUGGGUGUGGGAGGAAUGGUAAGGAACUUGGGCGGCGGGUAUUCGCAAACAGAUCAACAGCAGCAACAUGCGAUGAAUAUGAGCUCUUUGGAACCCGGUUUAAGUACAGAUCAGGGAAGUCAUCAUGAACCAUUUGGAAGCACAACACUGCAAUGAGCGUGCAUGCAUGUUUGAAGAAAACAAAUAAAACAAUAUGCAUUCCCCAGUUUGGUUCGCACGUACGACAAUGUUCCGAUCCUCGAAUUACAUGUCGGGAAAAAGAUGAUCUUUUUUUUUUUUUUUUUUUCUCUAGUCUUUUUGACCCUUAUUAAGUUUCUAUUCGAUUCCUAAAUAUUUGUUUAGAAUCGCCUUUUCUUUGAUCUGGGUAUAAAAUAUUACUGGUUUGGUC